AUGCCCACUGGCUGCCGGCCUCCCCGCCCGCUUCCAGUUUUCCCCUCCCUAGCAACGGGAGCGGCGUUUCCCUUAGCAACCGCGUCCCCUUCAGCGCUGGAUGCCCAUUGGCUGCCGGCCUCCCCUCCCGCGGCCGCCCUGGAUGCCCAUUGGCUGCCGGCCUCCCCUCCCUCCGCCGGUUUUCCCCUCCCUAGCAACGGGAGCGGCGUCCCCCUUAGCAACCGCGUCCCCCUUAGCGACGGCCCGGUGCCCACGGCCAUGUCGGAGGAUGAGGAGGCGGCGGGGCCGGCGCUCCGCAGCCAGAGGCUCUUCCUCAACCAGCUGGACUCCUACGGCAGCAGGAACAUCGCCGAGUACUUAUCCAAAUGUGUGGUUGGAGCUUCUCUGGAAGAAAUAGAAGAAGAAGAAGAAGAGGAUGAUGAAACUAAAUCAAUCACACCUGAAAAUGUAAUAGGAAAAACAAAGGAGGGCACAUUCCAGAUAGUAGGAACGCUAUCCACUGCAGAAAGUGAAAUUCCACAUUUUGCUCUGGAAGCCUACUUUAACCUCUCUCGAGAAUCGCUUCAAACACACCUGCUGGAGUGUGAUGUUAUAAUUUACAACAUCAGUGAAAAUGCAGAGCAAAUAGAAGAAUCCAUGUGGGCUGUUUCUGCAUUACACUCUAUGAUGGACCGUUUUGAAAACCGAAAGACAUUUAUCUUACUCUCAACCGUGAUGACGUGGGCACGAUCCAAACCUAUUGAUCCCGAUGAUCCCGAAAUUCCUUUUACUGAAGAAGAUUAUCGCAGGAGGAAAGCACAUCCUAACUUCAUAGACCACCUAAAUGCUGAAAAAACUAUAAUCAAAUUAGGAAAAACAAAUAAACAGAAAUUUUCAACGUAUGUAGUUGCUGCUGGACUUACAUAUGGAGCCGAAGGAGGAAUCUUACAUUCGUUUUUCAAGAACGCUUGGUUGGGUGAGAUUCCCGCAUUGCCCAUUUUUGGUGAGGGAACAAAUAUAAUUCCAACCAUUCAUAUCCUUGAUUUAGCAGGAGUGUUACAAAAUAUAGCAGAUCAUAGGCCAAGGACUCAUUACCUAAUUGCCGUGGAUGACUCUCUUCAUACUCUGGGAGAAAUAGUUAAGUGCAUCAGUAAAAAUGCCGGCUCUGGAAAAGUCCAGAAAUUCCCCAAGGAAAAUGCUUUCUUAGCCAAAGACCUGACACAAGCGUCUCUAGACCAGUUACUGGUGAACCUGCGAAUGGAAGCCGUAUUUUUGAAAGAAAAUUUUAACAUUAGAUGGGUUGCUCAAGCAGGGUUGGUGGACAGUAUCGGAAAAAUCUUCAAAGAAUACAAGAAAAAAAGAGGAUUAUUGCCAAUCAAGAUUUGUAUCGUCGGUCCUCCUGCAGUGGGAAAGUCUACCAUUGCUGAAGCCCUUUGCCAACAUUACAAAUUACAUCACAUUAAAAUAAAGGAUGUGAUUUCUGAAGCCAUAGCAAAGCUGGAGCUCACCGUGGCGCCCAAAGCUGAAGUGGAGCAAGACGAACAAGACGAAGCUGAAGAAGAGGAAGACAAUGUGGAAGACGCCCAGGAGCUCUUGGACGGAGUCAAAGAAAACAUGGAGCAGAAUGCAGGUCGACUAGAUGAUAACUAUGUGAUUAGAUUCAUGAAAGAAAAACUAAAAUCAAUGCCUUGUCAGAAUCAAGGUUACGUUUUGGAUGGAUUUCCAAAGACCUACGAUCAAGCAAAAGACUUAUUUAGUAAUGAAGAGGAGGAGGAGGAGGAAGAAAUCAGAAACCACCUACCUCCCUUUGACAAAUUAAUCAUGCCUGAAUAUGUUGUCGCUUUGGAGGCAUCUGAUGAGUUCCUAAAAGAGCGGGUAAUGAAUCUUCCCGAGAGUACUGUAGCCGGAACUCAUUACGCUCAGGAUCGAUUCUUGAGGACUCUUAACCUCUUUCGGGAUAUCAACACGGAAGAUGAAACUGUUCUUAACUAUUUCGAUGAACUCGAAAUCCACCCUCAGCGUAUUGAUGUAGGCAAAUUCGAAGAUCUCCAGAACAGACUGGUCAUCAAGCAACUUAUCAAAGACAUCGGCGAGCCUCGGAACUACGGUUUGACAGACGAGGAAAAAGCCGAAUUACAGCGCGAGGCGGCCGAGGCUCGCCUCGCACGGGAGGCGGCAGCAGAAGCCGAACGGGAACGGAAGGAAGCAUCGGAAAAAGCUGAGAAGAUCGCUCGUUGGGAGGAAUGGAAUAAACAACUAGAAGAAGUGAAGAGAGAAGAACAGGAAUUACUGGAGGCCCAGUCUACCCCUCUGAGGAACUAUUUAAUGAAGAACGUCAUGCCGACGCUCCUGCAAGGCCUAAAUGAAUGCUGUAAGGUCAGGCCGGAUGACCCGGUUGAUUUUCUGGCAGAAUAUCUCUUCAAGCAUAAUCAUGAAAUGGAAUGAGUUUUUCUCCCAUACUUUCAGUUAGAGAUGUUUAACAGUUAAUUGUCUGCAAAAGAGAUUUUUUUUUCCACUA